ACUCUGGUGAAUGAAAGUAUGGGCUUCGACAGGACUCGCGGGAGCGCGUUUUGCUGGAGUACCGCACUUCUGUCCAGUUUUCUCGCCCUGCACGCGAUUUCGUCCAGUGCGCUAGGGACGUCCCUGCCAAGUCGCCGUGUGCUGCCCGAUGCCCUUGCGGACUCCUCUGCUAGCUGGUCCUCUGGAGAUGUCGCGGAGGAGUCGUCCAGCUCGUCCUACCCCCCUCCUGAGGCCCUGUCUCGGCCCAAGAGAGAGCUGCCUGAGGCGGGCAGGCCAGGCAGGCCGCUCGCCAUCGCCUCCCGGAGGCCGCGCUCGCACACGCACCAGCACCUGUGGGAGCAGCUGCAGGGCGUAGGGGCGGGUCUCCCCACCCUGGCGGCCAGCCGAGCCAAUCAGCGCGCUCCGCUGGACUUCGCCGAGGACGAGGACGGCCUCGGGGAGGACGUGUGGUCUUACGACCAGCCAAUCAAAGCCGACGGGUCGCUCCCGGACCCGCCUCCGCCGGUCCCUCCGCCGCACUCGCACCCUCGUCGCCACGGCCGCGGCCAAUCAGAGGACGGCGUGAUCCGCGUGGAGUUCUACGACCCCCCGUCCACCGGGGUCGUGGUGGGUCCGGAGGUGGAAGGGGAGGCCCUGGAGCUGCAGGGCGGAGACCCCACAUCCUGGACGCUCUCGGACUUCUACGACUACCUGUCGCCCGACUACUCCACCACCGAGUACCCGGACGACGACGACGGCCCCACCGUGGCCGACAUGGAGGACGAGAACCUCCUGAGCACCACGGCCGUGUCCAACCGCUGGGCGCAGCUGCCCGGCGGGGUCGUCGCCAGCGGCGACGGGGUCGGCCCGGGGUCGGCCGACUCGUCCAGCGGCUGCGUCUUCGGUUACGUGCGUAGGAACGGCACGUGCCAGUCGCCGUGCGCGCUGUUCGCCGACUACUGCUUCAACGGAGGCCAGUGCUACGAGGUGGAGGGGGUUGGAGCUUUCUGCAGGUGUAAUGUGCAGGAGUAUGUGUGGAAUAAAGGGACGCGCUGUGAGGCCAUCAUCACCGACUUCCAGGUGCUGUGUCUGUUGGUGGGCGGAGCUUCGCUCACGGUGCUCCUCCUCUUCAUGAUCGUCGUGUUCUUCGCCAAACGCCUCCACGCGCUCAGGCAGGAGAACACACGCCUCCGCCGCCGCAGUAAAUACCGGCCCCAGUCGGAGCAUCAUGAUAACUUCUCGGUGUCGACCAUCGCUGAGGGCUCGCAGGCAAACAAGACAAUGAACAGGUACACCUGGGAGUGUAAAACCAGAGACGAGACAUACUGUUCUGAGGAGGAUCCUGCUAAGGAAGAGGGCCCACUGAAGACCCCAUCGCUCCCGGAGCCGUCGGAGGUGAAGUCGUCUCCGUCGAAGGAGGAUGAGCCACUGACAAUCCAGAACAACGUCACCCCUACCCACGAGAACAGCAAGCCCCUCUCCCUCUCUGACGACAAGGACCAGGCCGCCGAGGAUGGUGUGACUAUUGACCUGGAGCUCCUGCUUCCCAAGGAGGCGAAGAUGCUCCCCUCGUCCAGCUCCCCGCUGCAGUAUAACGUCUUCCUCUACAAACUCCCCAAGUCGCCCAUCCUCCGACGCCCCAGGGGGCGCUCUAGGGGCAAAGAGGGGGGUACCAGGUCCCAGCUCACCCCGCAACGGAGCCCCGAGCCUGGCUACAGCCCUGUCAGUACCCGCUCUCUGCCCUCGCUGGAGCCACUGAUGUCCAAACCGCCCCACCCGCGGCUGGGAAAAGCCUGCACACCCUGACCGGACCAGAACUGAACCGACCGGACUGAGACCAGACCGAGACCUCAGCUGAGACCUUCAACUCAACACGUGUAGCACGCUGAUGAGGCCAGUAUGUGUGUGUGGGAGGAAGAACAGUAUUAAAGGUGUGUGUGUGUGUGUGUGUACUGUAUGUUUGUGUGUGUCUAUGUUUCUGUGUGUGUGUGUGUGUGUGUGUGUGUGUGUGUGUGUGACCUUGUGUGUGACCUCAGCUGAACCACUCACCUUUUGUUCUUUGUGUGUGUGUGUGUGUGUGUGUGUGUGUGUGUGUGUGUGUGUGUGUGUGUGUAUGUGAGUAUAUGUGUGAGAGAGUGUAUGUGAGGGUCACUUCAGUUCAACCACCUGCUGGCUCUCCAUCCUGCACAGAAAUGAACUGACUACAAACUGACACUCCGUUGACAUUUCACGAAAGUCCCCACGUUGGCCCCAAAUGACUGUUACUCAAACAGGGGACAAUGCUCCCUGUCAACAACUCCCACCCACCUUCCCGCGCACACACACACACACACACACACACACACACACACACACACACACACACACACACACACACACGUGUCAGAUCUCGUCCUGCUCAGGUGGUGACCUGUGCCAAAUCCGGCCCACAUUCUGUCAUCUCCAUGGUGAUUAUCUCUGAUGCUCGUCUGAUCUCCUGAGGUGGAAUAGGAGAAAGAAGAGGAGAAGAAUGUCAACUGUCCCCUGUGUGAUUGUGUGUGUGUGUGUGUGUGUGUGUGUGUGUGUGCGUGUGUGCUUGUCAUGCCUGUCAAGAUAUCCUCAGACACUCCUUUACACACACUCCACCAUUAUGAGCCAUAAUCAUAGUCUCAACAGAAGAAUAUAUAAACACACACACACACACACACACACACACACACACUGUGACAAUAUAACUACAUUUCUGUACAUAGUAACUCUUAACUGACAGACUUCAGACUGGACAGUGACAUUUACAACAGUUUCAGGGUAAUGCACACUAAUUUCGGUACACUAACCAAUAACAAGGUGCUUUUUUCAUGUUGUAAUAUGGAAUAUUUGAUUAAUCCCUCUUUUGUUUUUCAAAAUAAAAUGUAUGUA